CCUUAGUAACCUUUGCCAUCGACUCACUCGGAGUUUCGCCCACGCUCGUCUUGGAUAGGUUGCUUUUAGCUCAGUCUACCCGACCGUCAGUCAAACAGUUGCUUGAGCCUUGGAGCAGAAGCCACCCAGUAGUCAAUACUCAAAUACCCCCGCCGACGCAGUAAGCAAUUUUUCCCCCAUCCGACCGAACUUCCCGACUAGAAGCACGUAGCUUGGACUCAACCUCGUCAUCAUCUACUUGUAAGUCAUGGACGUGCUUGACUUCUUCCUGCUUCCAAUGUUCGUUCUCUCUUUCACACCAGACCAUCGAGAUUGGACCCAGGGGCAUCCAUUGCCAAGCAACAAUGCACACACACGACUGCACACGGUUCUCCCCGCGAUCGGCGCGCUUCUCUUUUUAGUGUUGUUAGUGCAGAACUAAGGUGGAUGACGGUUGCUCUUUGCUGACCCCUCUUCG